AUGCCUACUGAGCUCCAGUCCGCCGAGAACGACCACCGCCAGAGAAUCCUCCUCCAACAAGAUGGUGCAGCCCACAGUCACCACCGACCUCCGUUUCCCAUCAUGCCUCCUUCCCAACAACAACAACAACAGCAGCAGCAGCAGCAACCACACCAGCUCAACGUGAACCAGAACGAAGCUACUAGCUCCAGCCGCGGCACUAACAGUAGUGGUACCACCACCACCACCUCCUCCUCCGCAACAACCACGUCAGCGGCGAGGACGGACCCCCGCUUCGCGACGACGAACCAGCCAACGCCCCUUAGCAGCAAUGCCCUUUAUCAGCGCUUCCUCAAGCGUUACCGUGUCGAGGUGGCCGCCUCGGCCUCGAGCGUGCUCUCCACCCUGACGACGUUUCCUCUCGACAGCGUCAAGACGCGCAUGCAAACGUACCGGUAUAAUGGCUUUGUGGACUGCGUGCGGCGGACAUAUCAGACGGAGAAGUUUAGGGGGUUUUUCCGAGGAGUGACAGCACCGAUGGCCAGCAUUACGCUUGUUCGGACGAUAUCCUUUUCGAUUUACCAACGGUCAAAGUAUGCGUACAGCGACUGGGUCAAGAGACAUUUUGGGGUGGAUGUGAUGGCACAGGUAGCGCAGCAAGGGUCAUAUCCGAACUUUUGGUCGAUUGCCACGUUUGGAGCGGCUGGGAUGACGGCGGGGUCUUGCAUAACAGCCAUAGCCUGCCCCUUCGAGUUGACGAAGCUCAGUGCCCAAGUGUCAGUGUUGAUUGCGGAUAAGAAGAAUUGCCCAAAGCCCGAGAGCCAUGCUAUUGCGGCAAGUUAUCAGAACAAGGGGACGCUGAAGACGAUGGGGAAUAUCAUCAAGCAUAGGGGGAUUGGGGGGUUGUAUACUGGUUUCCGGUUACAUCUCUUGCGCGAUACCCUCGGCACAGGAACAUACUUUAUGACGUAUGAGAGCAGCAAACAGCUCUUGACGACAUUUGGAGGAGAUGGGACACACUCUAACCCACUGGCGGUGCUGGUGGCAGGCGGCCUCUGUGGCAUUGUAUCUUGGGCCCUGAUAUACCCAGUCGACUCGGCCAAGAGCAUCUACCAGCGCAACUCGCUCAUGUACUCCAAGGGCCAAAAAGUCGAACCGGUCAAGAUUGCCUUUUUUCAGCGCAACAUGUACCGCGGUCUUGGUGUGAGCAUGGGGAGAUCGUGCGCUGUGAACGCCGUGUUUUUCUCAUCGUUUGAGUUCUUGAAGAAGCGCAUCAAGGCGAUGGAUGAACAGAACCACCACCAGCUGUAA